AUGGAAAAUGAGAAGGAAAAAGAUGAUGAAAAAGCAAUCGUUGCAGAAUAUAAAGUUUCCAUGCAUUGUAAUGCAUGUGAAAGAACCGUCGCCAAAGCCAUCUCCAAAUUGAAAGGUGUGGAGAAAUUUAUGACGGACAUGAAUAAACACAAAGUUAUAAUCAUAGGAAAUUUUGAUCCGCAAAAAGUAUCGAAAAAAUUAAGGAAGAAAACAGGUAAGAAAGUAGAGAUUUUGAUUAAAGAAAAACAAGAAGAGACUCCAAAAGACACAACUAAUGAGAUUUCCGAAACAUAUGUAAAUUCAUUACCAUUAGAUUGUUGUUUCAUAGAAAAUGAAGCAUUGAUGAUGUUUAGUGAUGAGAAUCCAAAUGCAUGUUCAAUCAUGUAA